CCGGGCUGUAUCGGGGCAGAGCCGGGCUCCAGCCGAGCCGAGCUAAGGAGAGCUGUGAGCAGAAGGUUGUUACACUGCCAGGGUGGAGCUACUAGUAUUUUUUUCUGCUUCAAGUGUGUUUCCUUUCAAAGUCACUCAGUUGACUCUCAGAGCUUCUGGCGGAUGUAGUGUGUGCCUCACCAUCACCUCAGAAGAUCUCAAAGGAAAGUCCUAGAGGGAGAGACAAGGAAGGAGGAAUGGGGGGAAGGAGAACCCCAGCACUUAGCUUCUCAUCGUGACAAGCUUUUGGUUUUCCUCCUUGGGAUCUUGUCCAGGCAGAAGGAGAAGAUCUUACCAUAUCCAGGACACAAGCAACAUAACUACCUGCUGCCAACUGGCCAUGCACUAAGAGAAAGUUGUUCUGAGUUUUACACUCACCCUGGACUUUUGCACAGGGAUCUGAUGGAAACUCAUCGCUCCACACUGCUGGAGAGUUCAAGUUCUGAAGUCAUCCCAGCUAGAGGAGCAGUUACCCUCAUUCUUUCAGCUGCAAAAAUCCUUUCUAUGUUGUCCACAGCUGUGAUGAAAAGAGAAGCCCCUCUUGCCAGAGAUUGAACUUGUCUGUCAGGAAAAUACCAUUUACAGGACUUGUCAUGUCUCCCUUUCUCCGUAUUGGUUUAUCCAACUAUGACAGUGGCCCUUACCUGCCAUCCCAGGGGGAGGUGAUUAACCCUUACUGUGCUGUGAUGGUUAAAGAAGCCGUGGAGUCAGAAAAUGGCCAAGUGUAUGUGCAGAAGAAGCCCACCAUGUACCCACCUUGGAACAGCACUUUCGAUGCCCAUAUCAACAACGGCAGGGUCAUGCACAUCGUUGUCAAGGACAAAAGUGCCGAAAUGGUUUCUGAGACCACAGUGGAACUCAAGGUGCUGGCAGAGAGAUGCAAAAAGAGCAAUGGGAAGACAGAGAUAUGGCUAGAACUGAAACCUCAGGGGCGAAUGCUGAUGAAUGCAAGAUACUUCCUGGAAAUAAGUGAUGCAAAGGACCUGGCUGACUGUGAGACUGAAGGCUUCUUCUCCUUGCACCAGCGCAGGGGAGCCAUCAAACAGGCCAAAAUCCAUAAUGUCAAGUGUCAUGAGUUCACAGCCACCUUCUUUCCACAACCCACCUUCUGCUCUGUCUGUCAUGAGUUUGUAUGGGGUCUGAAUAAACAAGGCUAUCAAUGCAGACAAUGUAACGCUGCCAUUCAUAAGAAGUGCAUUGACAAAGUCAUAGCCAAGUGUACAGGAUCAGCUAUCAACAGCAGAGAAACAAUGUUUCAUAAAGAGAGGUUUAAGAUUGACAUGCCUCACCGCUUCAAAGUCUACAACUACAAGAGCCCGACUUUCUGUGAGCACUGUGGUACACUCCUCUGGGGCCUUGCACGGCAAGGACUGAAGUGUGAUGCAUGUGGCAUGAAUGUCCACCACAAGUGCCAGACAAAAGUAGCAAACCUCUGUGGAGUUAACCAGAAACUAAUGGCUGAAGCUCUGGCAAUGAUCGAAAGCACCCAGCAGGCUCGCUCUCAGCGUGACACUGAACAGAUCUCCAGGGAUGGACCUCUUGAAAUUGGCUUCCCAGUUCCUGUGAAGGAGGUAACACCACUUCAGGCAUUGCCAGCAUCUUCAGCAGGAAAAAAAGAGCCACAGGGUGUCUCCUGGGAGACUCCAGCGGAGGGCACAGUGAAGGGGGAGUCUCUAAUAGAAUCAGACUUGGGAGAACAGCCUCAGGAGCAGGAAGAGCACCAAGUGCAGCUAAAACUAACCAUCGAAGAUUUUGUUCUGCACAAGAUGCUGGGGAAGGGCAGUUUUGGCAAGGUAUUCCUCGCUGAGCUGAAGAGCACAGACCAGUAUUUUGCUGUGAAAGCCCUGAAGAAGGAUGUGGUGCUGAUGGAUGAUGAUGUUGAAUGCACAAUGGUGGAGAAGAGAGUCCUCUCCUUAGCCUGGGAGCACCCAUUCCUGACUCAUGUCUUCUGCACGUUCCAGACCAAGGAAAACCUCUUUUUUGUGAUGGAAUACCUCAAUGGAGGAGACCUCAUGUUCCAUAUACAGAGUUGUCACAAGUUUGACCUUCCCAGAGCAACGUUUUAUGCUGCUGAAAUUAUAUGUGGGCUUCAGUUCCUCCAUUCCAAAGGCAUCAUAUACAGAGACUUGAAGCUAGACAACGUCCUCUUGGACAAUGAGGGGCACAUCAAAAUUGCUGACUUUGGGAUGUGCAAGGAGAACAUGUUUGGAGAUGCAAAGACAAGUACUUUCUGCGGGACUCCUGACUACAUUGCUCCUGAGAUACUGCUGGGGCAGAAGUACAACACCUCCGUUGACUGGUGGUCCUUUGGUGUCCUCCUGUAUGAGAUGCUUAUUGGCCAAUCUCCUUUCCAUGGCCAAGAUGAAGAGGAGCUUUUCCAGUCUAUCCGUAUGGAUAACCCGUUCUACCCUCGCUGGCUUGACAAGGAUGCAAAGGACAUUUUGGUGAAGCUGUUUGUGAGAGAACCUGAGAGAAGACUGGGAGCAAGAGGGAACAUCCGCCAGCAUGCCUUCUUCCGGGAGAUAAACUGGGAAGCUUUGGAAGAAAGAAGGAUGGAGCCUCCUUUCAAACCAAGAGUGAAAUCUCCAAGUGACUGUAGCAACUUCGACAAGGAAUUUCUAAAUGAGAAACCUCGCCUGUCCUGUGCUGACAGAGCACUGAUCAACAGCAUGGACCAAAAUAUGUUCAGCAACUUUUCUUUUGUGAACCCUAAAAUGGAGAAAAUAUUUUCCUGAGAUCUGCUUUACCAGAGGGGUUCUCUGUAAUGAUUUGAGUGACACUGUGUCAACUGAAGACUGUGCAUGGUUAUUUUUAUCAAGAACCCACCAGAAAAACACCUCAGUGAAAGUUUGUACCAUGCCUGGAGGCUUCCAGCCUACUCCAGUCUGUAGCAGAUGCCAGUCACUCUUCACUAAUGAUGAAGUUUCUUCACAGUAUCUUUGGUCUCUCUUCUCUCUUUUCCCAAUGUUCCUCAAGUUGAGAGCAUCUGAAAGUGAGGAGGUACCAAAACCUGUUCCCCCACUACUUGUACACACAGCCAAUGGGUUUCUCUGCAAGGAAAGAAAAGAAGUAUAUUUGAGCUUCUGGUGAUAUCGGUGACCAUUUCUGCAAUUCUCACCUAAGCCCACCUUCUUCUGAAGGACAAGUGGUUUGCUCAAGGCCUGAAGGUGUCUGAAGGGAAGACUUCAGUCUGGUUGUUUGUACCAUUUUGAAGAAGCAAUUUUACUCCCUACACAGUCUAAAAAGAAUGUUCACAGGUAGUAGGAUUCAAUGUUGCUCCACUGGGACAAAGAGACUUUGUAGCUGCAUUCAUACACCUCAGUCAGAGGCACUGGAGCAAAGAACUCAACCUCUAAGGAGGAUCAUUGCCCUGGCAAUGAUCAAUAUGUCAAGAUGUCAUCAAAUAUCAUCAAAUGUCAAGAUCAAUACAGAAAACCAGUGGUUUACACUUAGUACUUGAUCAGGAAGGAUGAGAAGAGCAGAAGGCAUCAAGAACCCCUGUUUUAAAGCUUUAACUGUCCUCACACCCUCCAGGCUCAAAGCAAGAUCUGGACUGGGUUUUCUGGAGUUUUAUCCUAAAACUGCAUGAGAAAGAUGGGAAAGAUUUCCUCAAGGCAUUGUUUGACCAUCAUAAAAUUGCCCUUCCAGUCACAGCCUUGGCAUGUUUUACUUGAAAAGUAGUAACAGCUCUUGAAAGGCUGAUAUACUUUCUAUUCCUCUAAAUGAUGUCCCAAAUCUUUGGCUCUCAUUGCAGACAUAAGUCAACAAGCUGCACAGGGCAGGCCAGCACACCAGCUGAGAGGGGUCCUCUCCUUCACCUCGUGACAUGUUGCUGUAUAUUCAACCCCUUUGCACUCUGUCCAAAUAAUCCUUCCAUUAUGGGAUCCCUUUAAAUAAAGAUGCACCAUUAUGUGAGGUUGGAAAGAUGUAGAACUGCUCAGUUACUCCUUGUCACCAGAACCCCAGUUAAAUACCAGAUCAAAAUUAAGUCAAAGCCUAAAUAGAAGAGUAAUAGUUUAGACUUAGACAGUCACUCAAGUGUGUGUAAGGCUCUAAUUGAAGUGUAAACAUUUGGAGCUUUGUUGCAUCAAUCUCUCCAGCCCAUGGAGAGGAUAAGCUCUGGAGUCAUCCCCAAAUCAGAGAUGCUGCACCACCUUCUCAAAUUGGACCUCCCAACAGCAUGAUUGCAGCCUUGCAGGCAGUGCUGGGACAUUUUUGGCAGUGACUGCAGACACCAGAUCCUGCAGGACCAAGAGCAGAAGUGCCUAAAGUCAACAAAAGCAGCAGAGAGCCCUGAAAAAGGCUUCAGUCCAGAGACUCUCAUGGAAUCCUUUCUUGUGCUGUGUGAAAUGCAGAGGGCAUCUGUGCUCACAGUUUGUGCAGCAGGUCAUUGUGUUCCAUUAGAACAGUUAACAUGGUUUUUUUAAAUGCCA